UGAAAUCUUUAUCUCAUCUAGUGAGGGAUUUGUACAUUCAGAUAUCCUGAAUCACAGUUUACAUCCAGAUCGGGGAAUUCUUCUUGUAGCGUCUUUCAAAGAGCCAGAUGGAAUUUCAUCUUAGAGAAACAUUCCAGCCUUAGUUUUUCAAUAGAAUUGCUGAAUGAGGAGUUUAAUAUUGCUGUAAAAAUAGUAUGUACUAUGAUAAAUUUUUCAUCUUCGUCUGGAUUAGCUCCGAAAUCACUAUUAUUAAUAGUAAAUUCCUUAAGUUUAUAGUAGAUUUAUGCUCAUAGUUCAUGAAAGCAUUGCUGAACUUUUGCCUUUCAAAUCUUCAGAAGGUUAAAUUUAGAGAUUGUAGAUGUCUUCAGCUAAGUAUUAUUCUUUGUAAAUCAGUUUUCUGUAUUAGAGAUCUGUAGAUUUUGACUUCUUUAGUGACAAAACUAAAACUCUUUGUGAGAAUUUUAAAGUCCAAAUUUUGAGGGAGACUGUUAUUAUAAGUAUUGACAUAUAAUUCCCACUUUUCAAGCCUCCUUGGAAAACAAACAUCAUGAAACUUGUAUAAAUGUUUCUGGUUGUAGCUACUAAAAUAUCCAGUUGUCAUCUUUUUAAACUUUUUCUGGUCUUACCCUCAUCUUCGUACAACUCUUCAGGUCUAAAUAUCUUUUCCUUUCCAUACAUAAUUUUCUUAUUCAGAUAUUUCCUCCUUCGUCACUAAGCUCAACUCCACAGAGAUAUCUGGUAAAAAUUAGUUUUAUGAACGAGUUUGUAGUUGUCAAAUCUUGCUUAUUAGGGAUAGAAAUGAUGAUUUUUGUGGAGUAUAUUAAUAAUAUGGUAAUUAUUCAUUAAUUAAAAGAAGAAUUUUCUGAAAGAUUUGUGGUGUAGAAACAUUAGGAAGAUAUUUGACAGAUUAAGUUAAUAAUAAUUUCCCCGAAUCAAAUUACCAUAUUUUCCCUCCAUAUACUACACAUCAACUAGACCAAUUCAAUCUUUAAAUCCAGUUUCUGUUCAUAUUGAGUUCUCCUUAACAGAACUUCCUUCAUAAGACUGGGAAGUAUU